GAGGCAAUGUAAACAUUAUAUCACUCUGGGAUACAGAAGGAGGAUCCUAUAUGCAGGCACUACAUCUCAGCUUCGGGCUGGGCGGAAUAUUGUCACCCCUGGCAACGGAACCUUUUCUCGCAAAACCUGUUUGCAGCCAGCCAGUGCAUGGAAACACUAACAACUCUGGACUUUAUUUGAACGAUAGUUCAGUCAAUGCAACGAGCUUUGUCAUGUCGUAUGGAAGUACAAAUAUUCAUUUUGCUUAUCUGAUAACAUGCUGUUUUGUCUUGUCUAGCAGCGUUCCGUUCUUUAUCAUUUAUUAUAAAUGGACCGGAAGUGAUUUAAAAACGACGUCACAAGAUGGCAGUUGUAAUAAACACCGGCUUACUCCGCUUCCGGCUCGACAAAAGUCAUUAGUAAUCGCAUUACUGUUCUUUAUUUUCUUAACAUACUGUGCAGUGGAGGACACAUUUUUCGGAUAUUUGGCAACAUUUUGUAUUAGUUACCUACAAUGGAGCAGUAGUACCAGCAGUUAUGCCACAAGCUUGUUCUGGACUACAUAUUCAGUAGGUCGGUUAGCAGGGGUAUUUCUUAUCAAAUGGUUCCUUCCUGUACAGUUAUUAUCCAGCUUCCUAGCUUUAUUAAUAAUAUCUUUUGUUGGGCUUCUCAUAGCUAGUCUAACGUAUUCAAUAGAAUUGGUAUGGCUAUUUAUAGCACUGGUUGGGUUCGCAAUGUCUAUUACUUUCCCGUGCGUAUUUUCUUGGACACACGAAAAUGUUAUUGAAGUUACGGGUGUGAUAUCUUCGGUCUUUCUUAUAGCAGCUUCAAGUGGUCAGAUGUUGAAUCCAUUAUUUUUAGGGUAUCUAAUGGACAAUAUUUCGCCGAUCUGGUUCGUUUUCAUUUUAUUAGGAGAGAGCUGUCUUUGCCUGGCAACAUUUAUGACUGUAUAUAAUUACACACUGCGAUGUAUUAGUGUAUCCUCCCCGUCACCCAUGGACACAAUGUCAUCUCGACACACUGAACAAAUUACACAUAUGUAAGAAUGUUUGUAAAUAAAUUAUAAACAAUUAUUUAGACAUUAUUUUUUGUAAAUAAAUGUCGUUAUGAAGCCUUAAGCAUUUUCUUGUGGUAUGAAAAUUAUCACAACUCACUCGUGGCUACCGCCGCUUAUGAAAUAUUUAUUUUCAUACCACUCUAUGAAAAUAAAUCCUGUAUUUAUAGGAAAAAUCAAAUAUCCUGUAAUAUUAUAUAUUGUGACAAGUUCAACCAUUCAACAAAACAUAUACAUAUGUAUAUGUGAUAUUUGUAAAGGUGAUGAAGUUGCAAACUUGAUUGACAUAUCAAUGUAACAUGUUGAGCU